CGUCUCUACUACUGGACCCCUGCACAUCAUGUCAGUGACCAUCGAGUCGCCAGAGGCCCCAGCGGAUCGUCUCACGACUCAGGAGCGGCUAUUACUCUCUCAAGCGGUGUACAAAUAUGGAGCGGUGGCUUGGCCAGUUGUUUCCCAAGCUCUGGUAGCCCAUCCGUUGAUUCAUGGGAGACCAACCGAGCUGUUUGGACCGGAAGGAUGCGAGAGCGCAUACGUGGCGUUGAUGAAGAGUGUAGGGCAGAAUGUGCCCGCACCUGAUGGUAUGAAACCUCAAGCGAAGACCCACCUUCGACUGGCUCAAACAUUUUACCUGGCGCGAUUGGAAGAAUUGAAGAAGUCUAUAGAGGCUCAUGAAGCUUCUUUCGUAUCGCUCAUGAGCGAGAUCAACUCUAUAAAGUCUGGUCAGCUGGACGGCACCAUUGUUGAGGAGCUAAGAGGGGUGCUAGCACGGAAAUACGGGAAGAAACGACUGGACAGCUGGAUCCCUCCCUCGGAAGAAGUGAAGGCUGCUGUGGACGCGGGUCCGCCUGCGGAGGAAGAGAUGGCAGAAGCGAGCAAGGCACUCUUGGUGGAGGAGCAGCCUGUGGUGGAGGAGCAGCCUGUGGUGGUGGAGCCGACGGUGAAAGAGACCCCAGUGGAGGAGAAUGUCAUGAAAGAGUCCGCCGUAGAAGAUUCUGUGGUGGAAGAGUCGGCCAUCCGAGAGCCUACCGUGGAAGAGCCUGCUGUGGAAGAGAUAGCCAUGGAGGACCCGCCGGUGGUGGACACAGAGCCGGAGGCAGUCAAAACUGACGUAUCCGAAGAGGCCCCGAACGUACUGCAGCCCGCUGAGCCGAACGAGAUCCCUGCUGAACCCUCAAUCAUUGUCGAUGCUCCAGAAGAACCAGUCCAGACUCCCAAAGCCGAGUCACCAGCGUCCGACCUCUCACCUCCUCCAUCGGUUCCGCCCACCGCUCCCUCACUUCACGUCAAAGACCACGAGACUGUGGAACCGACUCCGCUUUCUCCCGUAGACGCCGCCUCUCCAUCCACUCGCGCAUCUAAGCGUAAGGCUUCUGCCCAGCCUCGCGGACCACCACCGAAGCGAUCAGGACGUCGAGGUGCUUCGCCCAUCCGCAAUGCAUCGGAGGCACUGUCUGACGUCGAGGCGGAUGAGGAAGAGGAGGAGCUUCUCAGUGCCAAGGACAAACGACCUGCUCGACGUCCGAGUCGCAGAAGUCGAGGUGAUACUCGGGAAAGUCCUAAAGCUUCUUCUCCAGGUUCCAAACGAGCUGGUUCUGUCGUCAGUACGACAUCAACACCUGUCACCGAAGAGAAAAAGGCGCCUCGACGUGGAGGCAGAGGCCGAGGUAUGAGGGAUGAAGUCGUCUCAAAAUCUGUUCGGGAGCAGAGCGCAGCUGCGUCAGUCAAAGAGGAAGUGACAGAGGCGGCGGAUGCGGUGGAGGAAGAGACUCCUCCCGUCGCGAGACCCAAGCGGGGACGUCCACCUGUCAUACCUGUAGAAGAGAAGCGUGGAAAGAGAGGAUCUUUGAAGGGCCCAGCUGUCGCCGAAGAGAAGACCGAAGAAGCGACAGACGAGAUGGAUGCGACCACUGCAUCGGCUUCGGUCCCACCGCCUAGUAUUUCAAAGGGGUCUCGGACGAAAGAGACAACCAAGGACGCGAAGGCGAUGCAAAAGCUGCUCUCGUCCUUAUUAGAUACUAUCUCUAGUCACAGGGACGGCAGCGUGUUUCAGAAUCCAGUCAGAAAAAGCGAUGCACCAGACUACUAUGACAUUAUCAAGCGACCUAUGGAUCUGAAGAAGAUGCGACAGCGGAUAAGAGACGGCCACAUCAGCAGCAUUGACAAGUUUGAGAGGGACAUACUGCUCAUGUUUUCAAAUGCUAUGAUGUAUAACGCUGAGGGCAGUCAGGUUCACACGAUGGCCCAGGACAUGUUGAAGGAGAGUGAGAACCAUAUUGCUCACUACAGAGCGAUGCAGCAUGAUAUGGGCAGGUAGCGAGAUAUGUAUGAUGCCGCCUCGAACGGAAUCAAUUUCUACCUCGUCGUCCUCACGGCACGUACCUCCGCGCCGAGGCCACCG